CUAAUCACCACGGCUGUUUAUACCUCACACAUGCGGCGCCCCAAGGGUUCUUGGUUACAAAUCCAGUGAGGGGCGUGUGCCCAUCCGGAGAAUUCGGAGGGUACACAGGAAGGAGUUGGGUUCCAAGGGUUAGCAUUCCCGGCCCAGGCUCGCCUUGCUGUGGUAGGCCGAUACGUAAAGGCGGGGUCCCUGACUCGAACGAACUCCGAUAUUCUUUCCCCCUCCCCUCAGUCGACACAGCCAUUCCGCCUACUUCGGACCAGCCUGAAGUCCUCCGAUCUUUGGCGCGGACUCAAUCAAAUAUUUGUACAAUAGAGCCCUGGACAAGAUGGCCUCUAAUUUGCAUUCUGGAGGCUCCGUCGAGCUCAAGGACAACACCGUCAUCGUUGUCCUUGGCGCCUCCGGCGACCUCGCUAAGAAGAAAACGUUUCCUGCCCUUUUUGGACUCUACCGAAACCAGUUCCUGCCCACGGAUAUCAGAAUCGUUGGAUAUGCGCGAACAAAGAUGGACCACGACGAAUUCCUUCGUCGCAUCAAGUCGUAUAUCAAGACACCUACGAAGGACAUCGAACAACAGCUGGAGGAGUUCUGCAGCCUGUGCACAUAUGUGUCUGGCCAGUACGACAAAGACGAGUCAUUCCUGCAGCUCAACAGGCACCUCGAGGAGCUCGAGAAGGGAAGGAAAGAGACCAACAGAUUGUUCUACAUGGCACUUCCGCCCAGUGUCUUCACCAUCGUCUCGCAGCAUCUGAAGAAGUGCUGUUACCCAAGCAAGGGCAUUGCCCGCGUCAUCGUCGAGAAGCCAUUUGGCAAGGACUUGGCGAGCUCCCGCGAGCUUCAAAAGUCGCUUGAGCCUGACUGGAAAGAAGAAGAGCUGUUCCGCAUCGACCACUAUCUUGGCAAGGAAAUGGUGAAGAACAUACUCAUUCUGCGAUUCGGCAACUCCUUCUUGGGCGCGACUUGGAACAGGCACCACAUCGACAAUGUGCAAAUCACAUUCAAGGAGCCGUUUGGAACCGAGGGGCGCGGUGGAUAUUUUGACGAGUUUGGCAUUAUUCGCGAUGUGAUGCAGAACCAUCUACUUCAGGUUUUGACCUUGCUUGCCAUGGAGAGGCCGGUUUCCUUCUCCGCCGAGGACAUUCGCGACGAGAAGGUGCGGGUACUUCGUGCUAUUCCCGCCAUCGAGCCCAAGAACGUUAUCAUCGGCCAGUACGGGAAGUCGCUGGACGGUAGCAAGCCGGCAUACAAGGAGGACGACACUGUUCCCAAGGACUCGCGGUGCCCCACCUUCUGCGCGCUCGUUGCCUACAUCAAGAACGAGCGGUGGGACGGCGUGCCCUUCAUUAUGAAGGCGGGCAAGGCGCUUAACGAGCAAAAGACGGAAAUUCGCGUUCAGUUUAAGGACGUCACCUCCGGGAUCUUUAAGGACAUUCCGAGGAACGAGCUCGUCAUGCGCAUCCAGCCUAAUGAGAGCGUCUACAUUAAAAUGAACUCGAAGCUUCCGGGCCUGACAAUGCAGACGGUGGUGACGGAGCUCGACCUCACAUACCGCAGGCGAUUCUCCGAUCUCAAGAUCCCUGAGGCGUAUGAGUCGCUAAUCCUCGAUUGCCUGAAGGGCGACCACUCCAACUUUGUCAGAGACGACGAGCUCGACGCCAGCUGGAGGAUCUUUACACCUCUGCUACACUACUUGGACGACAACAAGGAGAUCAUUCCCAUGGAGUACCCAUAUGGCUCUCGUGGUCCGGCUGUGCUCGAUGACUUCACCUCGUCUUACGGCUACAAGUUCAGUGAUGCCGCUGGAUAUCAGUGGCCGACAACCUCGGCUCUGGGCCCGGGCAACAAGUUGUGAGAAGUUGAUGCUCGCAGGUGAACAUGCAAAUGCUGCUUAAAGCGAUAGUCUUAAACCGCAGCUGAGCGCAUUACGACCUCGGUCACGCUCAACUAAGCCCUGUUGGGCGUUCCUUAAGACUUUUGCGUUUUUGGGCAGGGCAGGGCACGGCACGGCACGAUUAGACUUUAACACUGGGAAGGCGCGGGGCAACGCAGGAAAAUGGGUGGAUAGCAACGGGAUCUUUCGAAGCAGCUGCAGGUUGUAGCCGUGUUGCUUUCUUGCUUCAUCGGAAAUUUCGAUCUGUUAGCCAACAAGCCACGCAGGGAGGGAUAAGAGCCUUUGGGAUGACCAGGUUCAACAGGUAAAUUCAACGUUUACACGGGUUGUAACUGGCAGCCAGAUAUUUUCACGUGGUGAAGAAACAUGGUUCAAAUCCUUCAGUGGGUGUAUGCCAGGAGAGGACGCUAUCGCUUGCUUGGUGUUGCAGCCCACCCUCCAACGGUGCAAAUGGGUAGUUAUUUUCAGAAGAGAAAUUCGUCCCGGCUC